UAAAUUUCAACUUCAAAAUAAAUAGGACCAACCAAUAUUCAAGUUGACAACUCUACCCUACUCUGCUUUUUUGCAAAGCACGAUAAUACUAAUGACAAACAAAAAGGGUCCAACUUGAUUAAUGAGACCAAAAAAACAACAUUGUCAAAUUUAGUACGGAAUCCUGGGUCAUGAGUCAUUCGGCAAUGAAAAAGUUGUUUUCUUUCAUCUGAACAAAAAGGAUUCUUGACUAGGUCUAGGUCUGGGAGUGUAAAGAAGAAAAAUGGUUUGGUCAACUGAUUUCUUACCCUUUUUGGCAAUGGUGAUGGUGGAAUGUUGUGAAAUGUUGAUGAUUACACUUGGUAAAGCAGCCAUGAAUGAUGGAUUGAACAAUCUUGUUUAUGUUGUUUACUAUAAUGCCCUUGGUACCCUUUUUCUUCUUCCUUGCUUAAUCUUCCAUAGGCUCAGAAGCAAUAUGGUUCCUAUUACUUUGCCUAUAUUGUGGAGAUUCUUCCUUCUUGGCCUGUUGGGAAUUUGUUUGGUGCAAGCCGUGGCCUUUACAGGUAUUAAGUACAGCACUCCUACACUGGCAGCUGCUUUAGGGAAUUUGAUGCCAGGUUUUACAUUUUUGCUUGCCAUCAUUUUCAGGAUGGAGAAGUUAGAUAUAAGAAAGGCCAGCAGUCAAGCGAAAUCUGUGGGCACCAUAGUGGCAAUUAUAGGGGCAUCCAUCAUGACACUAUACAAAGGACCGAGAGUACUAGGAUCAAAUUUACCUUCUGAUUCAUCUCAUCACGAGUUAGUACUUCCACAAGAAUCAAACUGGAUACUGGGAGGUCUUCUGAUUACUACCACCUGUAUCAUGUCUUCUGGAUGGAACAUUCUUCAGACAGAUACCGUGAAGAAAUACCCUGAACACAUGACAAUAGUGUUUUUCACUUGCUUCUUUGGGAGUAUUCAAUGUGCAAUUUUAACUCUGGCAUUAGAAAGCAAUCCAAAGACAUGGAUGGUGAAGCCUGGGAUUGGGAUGAUAGCCAUUGUUUUCUCGGCGGUUUCUGGAAAUGUCUUUCGUUACAACGUUUUGACAUGGUGCUUGGAUAAGAAAGGUCCUCUUUAUGUAGCCAUGUUCAAGCCCUUGGGAAUGGUCAUAUCAGCAAUCCUGGGGAUCAUAUUCCUUGCAGAUCCACUCCAUUUAGGAAGUGUUAUUGGAGCAGUUAUUAUAUCUGCUGGAUUUUAUUCUGUUCUAUGGGGGAAGGCUAAGGAGAUCAAGUCCGUGCUUGAGGUUGACGAUAUUGUUUGUGUAAUUGACUCAACAAAUCAAACAUGCCCUCUAUUGCACAAGUAAAUUAUAGUAAGAAAAGCAUAAGAUUAAGUAAUGUUACAAGUAAAUUAUAGCAAGAAAAGUGGUUUAGGCUUCUUCUGUUAGUAACCUCGCAUUUUAUGCGUUUUGCUAAACUCCCUCGAGAAGUUGGUAAUUUAUACUCCCUCAGUCCCUCUGUUCCCAUUUAGUUGUCAGGAUAAUUUGCUUGAGAUACUUAUGUUAGGUUAGAAAUAAAGAAAAAGAUGGGUUAUUCAUGAAAAUAGUUUUUCAUUUUCAAAAGAGAAGAGAAAAGUGGUCAAUGGAGGAGGAUGUAAAGUGAAAUGUACACUUCAGCUUUCACUUAUGAUUACGAGUGCAAGAAGUAAUCCUUUUAUAGGGGUGGAGAAUUGGAGAUAUUCUUUAUGGACUAUGGUGUAUUUUGUUGAAGUAGAUGACUGAUAUCAUGUUAAAGUAUGUGACAAUCUCAUUUAAAAGCUUAAAUGAGAGUAGAAUUUUAUUAUUUAAUUAUAUUUUCAAUAUAUUCUACCUAACAAUCAUAAUUCAUGAUGAGGUUGAGAAUAUUGUUGUAGAUCGAAAA